AUGUCGGCAGCGGUGUCUCAGGGGCGUGGUCCAGUGGACAGACAGAUCGAGACGGCUGAUUUUGUGGCUAAGUUCAGCGACGGAAAGUGGACAGUUUGGUGGAAGUGGGCCGACGGAAAGGAGCCAAAACAACUCAAGAAUACUGUGCCGCAAUAUCGCGUGCCGGCAGAGUCGCAGGAGCGGUUCGACGCAGAGUUACGGCUGUGGAUCGAGGAAGGGUGGCUGCAACCGUACAAUGAGCAGGAACACGGGCCGGUGCGUGGCCUAAUUCCGCUCAUGGCGGUCACCCAGGAAGCCAAGGACAAGGUCAGGCCGGUGCUCGACUACCGUGAACUGAAUGAGCACCUGGUGGCUCAUACGGCUGAAGCUGAUGUGUGCCGCGACCAGCUCCGCAAGUGGCGGCAACACGGCGACGAUGUGGCCGUCAUCGACCUGAAGAAGGCGUUUCUGCAGCUGCACGUGGCCCAGGAGCUGUGGCCGUUUCAGACGGUAAUCGUGGACGGCCAGCGACAUUGUCUGACAAGGGUCGGAUUUGGUCUCAGCGUUGCAAGCGGCAUCAUGCGAGCGGUAGUGCGGGAAGUUUUGGAUCAAAGUCCAGAGAUCGCAAAAGCAGUGCUCCCGUACGCUGACGACCUGCUCGUCAACGAGACGCUCAUCUCGGCUGAGCGGGUGGCCGAACAUUUUUCCGCAUACGGGCUCUCGUGUAAGCCACCGGAACGGGUAGCGGAUGAGGCCGGAGCCAGGAUGCUGGGGCUCCGAGUGAGACGGCAGUCUGGCGGUGACGGCACACUGAGAUGGUCUCGGGACGGCGUGACACCAGCUGAGCCACCCGGGGUGCUGACCAGGCGGUCAAUCUUCGCCUGGGCGGGUCAGCUAACCUCACACGUGCCCGUCGCCGGGUGGCUGCGGCCGGCCGCUGCCUGGCUGAAAAGGGCGGCGAACAAGGUCACCAAAGAUUGGGACUCACCGAUCACCGACGAUGACCUGCGCAAACAAGUCAGUGAUGUGGCCCGGCGGCUGGCAGAGUGUGACCCGGCACGAGGACAGUGGUGCGUCUCAGGAGACUCGGUGACGGUGUGGACUGAUGCCAGCUCCAUCGCCCGCGGCGUAGUGCUAAGUGACCCCACCACGGGUGAGGUUAUCGAAGACGCCGCGUGGCUCCGAUCUGACAGUGACUCAGACAUGCACAUAAACCUAUCGGAGCUGGAUGCCGCGCUGAACGGUAUGAAUAUGGCGGUGGCGUGGGGAUUCAAGCGUGUGAUCCUCCGCACAGACUCUGUCACUGUUCAGCGCUGGCUGACCGACGCUCUGACAGGCCGUGCCCGACUGAGAACGAAGGCACAGUCGGAAAUGCUGGUUCGGCGGCGGGUGGCCGUUUUCAAGCAGCUCUCCAGCGAGUACGACCUCGUCGUGACAGUGGAGCUCGUGCCGUCGGCUGCCAACCGUGCAGACGAACUCACGAGAGUACCAAAAGAGAGGAUCAGAACCGGAAGCGAGCAGGCGACAGGUGUGGUGGCGGCCGUUAGGACAGCUCGACCGGAGGACAUAAUGGCGGUGCAUGAAAGUGUGGGACACCAGGGAGUGCGGCGGACGUGGUGGUAUGCGCGCCGAGAGCUGGGAAAGAGCGUGACGAAGUCGGCCGUUCGUCAGAUCGUUAGAUCGUGCCAGGUGUGUGCGUCGAUCGACCCAGCCCCGUCGCGCUGGAAGCAUGGUGCCUUGGCGGUCGAGCGCAACUGGGAGCGGCUGGCAAUGGACGUAACCCAUUUCCGCGGAAAACACUAUCUCACCGUGAUUGACUGUGGGCCGUCGCGAUACGCCAUGUGGCGUGAGAUCCGCCGCUCUGACGGGAGCGAGAUCGUCAGACAACUCGAGGCUCUGUUUUUGGAGCGAGGAGCACCGGCCGAGCUUCUAAUGGAUAAUGCGACCGAAUUCAAGGGUCGAGAGCUGAAGGCGUUCGCGGUGCGGUGGGACGUCGAGCUGAGGUAUCGCGCGGCCUAUGAACCUGGUGGGAAUGGCAUCAUCGAGCGCCACCACCGCACCAUCAAAGUGUGA